AAAGGCGAGGUGGUGGCACCCUGGGCGGCGGCGGGCAGGUAGAGGAGCCGGAGGAGGAGCGCCAAACGACCGUCCCGAGGCCCCGUGCGUACUUUGUGCAGGCGGGGCGGGGGACUCUGCCCCGGGAGGGGGGCGCUGGCGGCAAAGGGGUUAGUCAAGUUCCGGCGACUGCGUCCCUCCUCCGCCCCCACGAGAGGAAAGUUUCUCCAGACGCUUCCGGCCAGCCUGCGCCCUCCCGGCCCAGCCUCUCGAGCCUUCGGAGCGGGCGCCGACCCAGCCCCGCUCCUGGGAGAGCGAAUCGCGAUGCGUGGGGCGUGCUCCCGGGGCCCCGCCGCCGGGGACGGGCGGCUGCGGUUGGCACGGCUGGCGCUGGUCCUCCUGGGCUGGAUCUCCUCGCCCUCUCCCAUCUCCUCGGCGUCGUCCUCCACCUCCACGUCGUUGCUGGCCCCCGAGGUGUCUGCUCAACCUCCGCUGUCGGGCCAGUGCCCCCCGCCGUGCGAGUGCUCCGAAGCGGCGCGCACCGUCAAGUGCGUGAACCGCAACUUGACCGAGGUGCCCGCAGACCUACCCCACUACGUGCGCAAUCUCUUCCUCACGGGCAAUCAUCUGGAGGUGCUGCCCGCGGGCGCCUUCGUUCGCCGGCCACCGCUGGCUGAGCUGGCAGCGCUCAACCUUAGCGGCAACCGCCUUGCGGAGGUGCGCGCUGGUGCCUUCGAGCAUCUGCCUGGCCUGCGCCAGCUCGACCUCAGCCACAACCCGCUGGCUCACCUCAGCCCCUUCGCUUUCUCGGGCAGCAACACCAGCGUCUCGGACCCCAGCCCCCUGGUGGAACUGAUCCUGAACCACAUCGUACCCCCUGCAGACCAGCUGCACAACCAGAGUUUGGAGAGCAUUGUGGCGGCAGCCCUGAGGACAGGCCAGGCGCUGCGCGACCUCAGUCGCUUGGAACUGGCCAGCAACCAAUUUCUGUACCUGCCCCGGGACUUGCCAGCCCAACUGCCUGGCCUCAAGCACCUGGACCUGCGAAACAACUCGCUGGUGAGCCUGACAUACGUGUCUUUUCGCAACUUGACCCACCUAGAAAGUCUCCACCUGGAGGACAAUGCCCUCAAGGUCCUUCACAAUGGCACUCUAGCCGAGUGGCAAGGCCUGGCCCACGUCAAAGUCUUUCUGGACAACAACCCGUGGGUCUGCGACUGCCACAUGGCUGACAUGGUGGCUUGGCUCAAGGAGACAGAGCUAGUGCCAGGCAAAGCGAGCCUCACGUGUGCGUUCCCGGAAAAAAUGAGGAAUCGAGUGCUCUUGCAACUCAGCAGUUCCGACCUGGACUGUGAGCCUAUCCUCCCGCCAUCUCUGCAGACUUCGUACGUUUUCCUUGGUAUUGUUUUGGCCCUGAUAGGUGCGAUCUUCCUCCUGGUUUUGUAUUUGAACCGCAAGGGGAUAAAAAAGUGGAUGCAUAACAUCAGAGACGCCUGCAGGGAUCACAUGGAAGGGUAUCAUUACAGGUACGAGAUCAACGCGGACCCCAGGUUAACCAACCUCAGCUCCAACUCGGAUGUCUGAAAGAGCGUUAGUGGACACAUCAAGGACAACCCUGCAUGAGGUGUAGACUUCAGCUUUCUCCCCUCCUAGGCUUGUUCUACUUCCGCCCUUCACUGUAGACACCACUGACACUGAAACC